AUGGCCAAGAAAACAUACGACUUACUUUUCAAAUUGCUGCUGAUCGGCGAUUCUGGCGUUGGCAAAACUUGCAUAUUGUUCAGAUUUUCAGACAACCACUUUACAACUACUUUCAUAUCCACAAUCGGCAUAGAUUUUAAAAUUAAAACAGUAGAGCUUCGUGGUAAAAAAAUAAAACUACAAAUCUGGGAUACUGCUGGACAGGAGCGUUUCCAUACAAUCACCACAUCAUACUACCGUGGCGCCAUGGGGAUUAUGCUUGUUUACGAUAUAACUAAUGAAAAAACAUUUGAUGACAUUGUGAAGUGGUUAAGAAAUAUAGACGAGCAUGCAAAUGAAGAUGUCGAGAAAAUGAUAUUAGGUAACAAAUGUGACAUGGAAGAAAAGCGUGUAGUCAGCAAAGAACGCGGAGAAGCUAUCGCGCGCGAGCACGGCAUCCGCUUCAUGGAGACGUCGGCCAAGUCGAACAUCAACAUCGAGCGCGCCUUCUCGGAGCUGGCCGAGGCCAUCCUGGACAAGACGGCGGGCCGCGAGGCGGACGCGGACGCGGCGCGCAUCGCCGUCGAGCGCCGCCCCUCGCGCGCCCCGCCCGCGCGCGCCUGCUGCUCC